CGCAUGCGCACUCAUAUGAGCUGCUGUCACCGCGACUGUCGGGUGUCUCAGGCUGCGUGCGGAUGUGUGAGUGAUCCAGUGCACAUUAUGAAUGUGUUCGGGUCGGACGCUUGCGGGCUGAAGCCCUGACCGGGUCGACGCGCUGCAGCACAAAUCAGGCGAGCGGAUCUCUAAUGAUGCAGGGUGAGGACGGUAAGAGAAAGAAACACAGUUUGAACCCCAGAAGUGUAUCGGAGGAUUAUUGUCUGCGUGAGCGACCGAAAGAAGACGCCACAAAAAUGAAGAAUAAAGUUUCCACUUCACAAGCUGUGAGCAGUAAGAAGAAGUGGUCGUGGGAUCAGUAUCUGGAGGAUGAGGGUGCUGAAGGUGCUCCUCUGCAGAUCUUCACUGAGUAUCAGGUGUUUCCCAACAGCCGGAAUGGAUUUAAGGUUGGAAUGAGGCUGGAGGGAAUCGACCCGCUUCAUCCGUCCAUGUUCUGUGUGCUGUCUGUGGCAGAGGUGAUCGGGUUUCGUCUGCGUCUACAUAUUGAUGGUUACUCAGAGUGCUAUGACUUCUGGGUAAAUGCUGAUUCACCUGACAUCAAACCAGCUGGAUGGUGCGAGUCAACAGGCCAUAAACUUCACCCACCCAAAGGUCACAAGCUGAAUGAGUUUACCUGGAAGAAAUAUCUGGAGUCUUGUAACGCUCAAGCUGCACCAAAGAUUCUCUUCAAAUCCCAAAGCAGUACUUCAAACUCCUCGACAUUUGAAGUGGGGAUGAAGUUGGAGGCGGUGGACAGGAAGAACCCGUGUCUGGUGUGUGUGGCUAGCAUCGCAGAUAUCGUGGACAAUCGAUUCCUGGUUCAUUUUGACAACUGGGACGACACUUACGACUACUGGUGUGAUGCGACAAGUCCUCAUAUUCACCCGGUGGGCUGGUGUCAAGAUCACGGGCGGCCGCUCACAGCACCUCAGGGACACCCCAAUCCAGAGCAUUUCAUCUGGGAGGACUACAUGGAAGACACUGGUGCAUCUGCUGCUCCGAGUCAAGCGUUCUGUAUGAGAGCUCCACACGGCUUCCAGGUGAACAUGAAGUUGGAGGCGGUAGACAGACGAAACCCGAUGCUCAUCCGAGUGGCCACCAUCACAGACACUGAAGACUACAGAGUAAAAUUUUCUUCCUCCACUUACCAGGUUCAUUUUGAUGGCUGGCAUGAGAAGUUUGAUUUCUGGGUGGAUUCAGACCUGCCUGAUCUUCAUCCUGUGGGCUGGUGUACCAGGACGGGUCACCCGCUAGAACCUCCAUUGACUCACACAGGGAUUCCUGACUUGAAGAACUCUGUGACGCAGGGCGUGUGUCCGACCCCGGGCUGCAGAGGCGUCGGGCACAUCAAAGGACCGAAAUACACAGGACACCACAGUGCCUUCGGUUGCCCGUACUCUGACAUGAACAUGAAGAAGGAGGUGAUUUUGCCUGACCGUCUCGGAGGAGAGAAGCAGAUCACAUUCAUCCCUGUUCAGUUUGUGCAGAAGACCAAACGCUUGUCUCCAGAUGAGGAAGAGGAGGAGGAUGAAGAAGAGAAGGUUGACAGCAGUCACGUGGAGAACAGGGGGAUGUUAGCGGGGUAUGACGGGGCCCCUCGUCUGCGCGGUCGGCCCCCGAUGUUGAAGAGAGAACAUCAAGAACAACCAUCCACUCAGGGACAAAAACCGCUGUCACCCCUCACCAAGAGAAGCCGGUUACCCAGCAGACUCUCUCAGUCAGAGAAAUAUCUGCACAUCAAAGAUGAGGAGGAGGACAUUGAUGUGAACAGUGUCAUUUCAGAGCGUAACAUGGACAGUCUCCAGCAGGCUCUACAUCAGUCUGUGUUUCUGUCGGCGAUGUCGGCUCACCCGUCUCGUGACCUGCCGCUGUGUUGGGAGCAGCACUGUAAACUGCUGCCGGGUGUGGCGGGCGUUCAGGCCAGUCGUGUCGCCCACUGGAGCGUAGAGGAGGUGGCUGAUUUCAUUCAUUCUUUACCGGGCUGUGAAGAGCAGGCCAAACAGUUCAGAGAGGAGCAAAUCGACGGGAAGGCGUUUCUGCUGUUGACGCAGCGAGACAUUGUCAAGAUAAUGAGCGUGAAGCUCGGCCCCGCCCUCAAGAUCUACAACUCCAUCCUGAUGUUCAGACACGCCGAUGAUAACCAAUCAGCAGGCAGCGACACUAACACAUGAAGCUGAACCAGUCUUAGCUCCGCCCCCUCGUAUGUAUCGAUGCAUUCCGACACCUCUCGUGCCCUAAAUGCCCUCUGUUAGUGCUACUCGCCCGUAUGGCCUCUGACCCCAGCUGACCCGGUUCUGCCUUUAAACAGAUGUAGAUGACCGUCUCCUCCUCGCUCCGCUGUAGUUUUUCUUUCAUAAGCUCAACGACGUGACAAUCAAACAAAUGACAAACAAACGCCGUGAUCGUCGUCAGUGACAUCAGGGUUUUUUUAGUCACGGUGCUAUUUGUAUUCAAACACAAAAACAGGUGAACACUUUACAGGACUAACUCAUGUGCAUCAUGUGAACAUGUUUCAGUACACAAAAAUGAAAAUUCUGUCCUCAUUUACUCACCCUCAUGUCGUUCAAAACCAGUAUGGCUUUCUAGGUAAAUAUAUGAAGAAUGUCUUUGACACUCUUUUCUUUAUGAUAGUUUUAUGGUGCUCUUUUGUCAUUUUGAAGCUUGUCAGCGUCAGUCUCCAUUUAUUUUCAUUAAAAAAUCACCUUUUGUGUUCCACAGAUGUAAGAAUGUCACAUGGUGAGUAAAUGAUGGCAGAAUUUUCCUUUUUGGAUGAACUAUCCCUUCAGUAAUCUGAGAUUUGUGCCCCUUCUGUUACCAAUUUUAUUCUAUUUUGUAUAUUUCUGAUUUUGUUGUACCUACUGAGUCUAAUCUUUAUUUAUUGUGCAAAAUGAAAUUAAAAAUGUUUGCACGGUGAAGGAUAAUAAUAUGAUGUAUAUUAUACAUUUCAAAAUGCCAAAAGGAUUUGUUUUAAUUGAAGAGUGUUUAUUUUUGUGAUGUAUUGCACAGAGAGAGGCGAGAAUUAGAUGAAUCCCCAUUUAAGUUCAAGAUAAUAUAAUGAAAGUAAGUGAAAUGCUUUAUUGGAGUGUCAUCUGUGUGGUUUGUGCGCUCUCACUGGCUUCGUUCUGAAGCAUAUCGUGUUGCUUUUGUCUGCUGUUCUGCUUCGGCGGUCUUAAACGAAAGAUCUGAACUCUCGUUUAGCUUCAGGGGAUUUUCUCAUGAUUAUUUAAGAACUUAAUAUAAUGCACAAAGCAAUCUAUAUAUUUGCUAAAACAUUUGGAAUCAGUGUGACUUCUAUUGAGAAGUCCUUGUUGUAUUUGUCUAAUUUUGAAUAUGUGUAUUUGAAUUUUGUCAACUUUCAACCAAACUGCAGGAAUGUAAUCCCAUCUCUCGCUACUUCCAUCUGUUUAUUUUCUGUAAUAUCAGUCUCACAUCCCUCAAUAUAAAAAUGAUCCGUUUUUUUUGUUUUAUUCCAUACAGUAGUAUUUGUUCACUGCUGUUUGAUGGAUUUGUUCCAGAUAUUGAAAGACUCACGCACACUUUGUACAACAGAAAUCAUUCAUCAGCACCCAAUAAACUGUGCAAAUCUCA